CCGGUUGCCUACCUCUCCGCCAGUGAGCACGAACCGCCCUCUUGCGGAUCAAACUUGAACUACAGCACGUGUGCCGGCGGCAAACAUAAACAAACAAUCGAGCCAGAGGGUGAGUGAAAAUGGUCGAGCACAAGACGCAGGAGAUCAGCGAAGAUGAGGCCACGCUCUACGAUCGGCAGAUUCGCCUCUGGGGUCUCGACUCACAAAAGCGGCUGCGUGCAGCUCGCGUGUUGGUGGUAGGCGCUCGAGGACUGGGCGCUGAAGUGGCCAAGAACCUCAUUCUGGCCGGCGUCAAGACUCUCACUCUGCUCGACUCGGAGCCGGUGGCCCCUGAAGACCUCGAGUCGCAGUUCCUUGUGUCCGAGUCGGCCGUCGGCACCAACCGGGCUCUCAGCUCUCUUGACAGGGCCCGACCUUUGAACCCAAUGGUCGACGUCCAAGCUCGUGGAAACGCCAUCGACGCCGAGCCAGACGAAUUCUUCACAAAGUUCGAGGUGGUGUUGGCCCUGGGCUGCCUCAAGAAGCACAACCAGAGACUUGACCAGAUCUGCAGACUCAACAACAUCAAGUUCUUUGCCGCGGACGUCUUUGGCUUCUACGGCUACAUGUUUGCAGACUUGCUCCUCCACGAGUUUUCCAUUGAAACUAAGAUUAAUAUCAAAGGGGCGCCUCCUGUGAGCCAAAUGACAAAAGAGACUGCUACUUUUGUUCCGUAUCAGGAUUUCAUGGACGCAGACUGGAAGUCUGACGACCAGGCCAAGAAGUUGAAGAGGAUGAGUUUUGGCUAUUUCCUCAUGAGAGUGGUUCAAGAAUUCCGUGAAAAGGAGAAAAGAUAUCCGAGCAGGUCGGAGGAAGACUUGAAAACUUUGCUGUCUCUGAGGGAUUCUCUUUUGCCCGAGCUCGGAGUCGACCCUGCAAAAAUUCCUGAAGAAGUUUUCAACAACACAACUGGCCAGCUAGGUGCUACAUGUGCCAUUCUUGGUGGAAUUGUGGCGCAAGAAGUGAUCAAGGCAAUCAGUCUGAAGGACCGACCUCUUAACAACGCCUUCUUCUUCGACCCAGACACCUGCGCUGGAAAAGUUGAAUGCAUUGGAUGCUAAGUUUUUUUUUGUACUUCCUCAUUAAAUUGUAUGAUUUUCAGUAAGGAAUAAAAAUAUAUAUUCAUUUUGGUAA